GUGACACUUAUCGCCGGGGAAACAGACUUAGACACAACACCCGAUAUGUGUGCCAACUGCAGUUGCCUGUGAGACGGUGUUGAGGGAUUUAAUAGGUAUAGUAUUACUAAAGGCGUAGCUAACGAUAGCUAGACAAGAGACGAGUAUAACGAUAACGAAAAACUAUAACCUCGGAUGCCAGUAUAAACGGAUAUAUGUUUCCAAUCAAACAACGAAUUGAAGAGACCAGCAUGAGCAGUUUUAGUAGACCCGACAGACACAGGACACCGGCCUUCACCAGGGCAACACACCUCAGAACAUCCAAGCCUGACCUGGAGAGAGAUUCAGGCUUCUCAGAUGCCAGCUCUGAGUACCUCAGUACAGUCGAUCUGACUGAUACUGAAGAUGCAGGAAAGACUGGCUCCAUAUUCGGCCAGGACCCGACUGGUCCGCAGGUGGCUGUGAUGGGAGGCUCAUAUGCUGGACUGUCUCCAAUGAUCAUCAUGAACAACUUUGUCCUUAAUCAGCCAUCUCCGAUGGCUCCAGCAGAAAAACAAUGGGGCUUUCCAUCACCCUUAGAAGUGAUGCCUCACUCACAAGUGGUUCUUGUCCAACCAAUGGCAUCAAAUGGCGGCGGCAGCUCUCCAAAGACUUACUCGGAAAAUAUCCAGCAAUCAAAAAGCUACAUGCCCAUCCUCAAGUCAUACCCCAGAAUCGCCCCUCACCCCGUGGACGUGCCCAAUAAGAGGGUGGGAUCCUCCAGGGUGAAGGUGCGUUCAACAUCAGGAUAUGACCAGCGACAGAGGAGGCACCACCACAGCCAUAGGCUUUACAGCGCCCCUAGCUCACAGUCAGCACUGCAAACUCCAGUCAAACCCAUCUCCAGCUCUGAAGCAGCAAACAACCAGGCACAGGCGGCCGAUAGUCAGGAGCAGCUCAUUGAAAAGUCUCUCUACCCGCUGGCAGAAACCAGCUCUCUGUCCCCCUGCACAGAUGAAUUCAGGACAGAGGUGGACAGCGACAAGAUCCAUGCUGACAAAUACCAGGACACCCUCUCAAUGGAAAGCAACAAACUGAAACGUUUCAGCAACACCUACAAUAUUCUCAACAAGUCUGGCUUGCUGGGGAUCACCAUGCGCACAAAGCAGCUGAUCAAGGAAAAUAAGCGCACCCAAGGCCAGCUUCAGCAGCUUCAAGAGCAAACAGCUCUGCUGCUGGAGGCUCUGAGUAGCAGAGACCCACAGCUUUGGACUAAACUCCAGCGCUCUCUGCAGGACAUGGACAAGGAACAGUGGGCGUCUAAAGCUCAAAGAGUCCUGGCAUAAUGUAUUGGUGCAAGUGACCAGCAGUUCUCAAUGUGGGGGACAGAAGGUGAUUUACUGAAUGUGAAAAAAUAUAUUUCAAAUCUUUACAAGAAAAGCUUUCUUUUUGUGAAAUAGUCAACAAAGCAUCUAGCAUUAUAACUAAACAAACAAUAACUGAACCAAACCAUAUGUUAUCUUGCUUUUGUCAGGAAGUUGUUAGUACAAAUUGAUCAUCUUAAAUUUGCAGAUAAUGCAGAAAAAACAUUCAGAACUGCUGGUCUAAGCUCCAAGCAUGAGGCUGCAGCACAUCCACUAUUGCCAAGUGGGAGGUAGAAAGCAUGCUUACAUUUCAAACCCUUGCCUAUAACAAAUUUUCUUGCCUCUGCUGUUUCAAAUUAGCAAGUAUCACUUGCAAUAGGGCUAUGCCUUCUAUAUGACGAACUCCUAGUUGCAUAAACACAUGCCUUACAGCACAUGUGAGGACACAUGGGGUUAAUUCCUUAUACAUGCCUUGAAUGUGAUUUCUGUGGAGAAACAUAAGCAUAGUCUUUACUUUUUAGAUCAAAUAGAAACCCCAGUAUGGAUACAUGUGUCCUGCAUUUCAAUUUUCUCUUAAAUGAGAUGCAUCUUGAAUAAUUUAGUCUUUUUCUAUUUACUUUGUUUUUACGUUGUAUAGUAAAUGAAACUGAAAGAGGAGAUGCCUCCUCCAUCAGGAAGUGUGUAUAACAGCUGGAUUGCUCCCAGUUAGAGCUCAGACGGCUGGCUAAACCAUAACAUUGUUGUUUUUUGGGGUUUUUUUUAUAUAAAUUUGUUGGUUGGUGUCAGUAUUAUUUAUUUUUAAUAUUUUUUUUUUUUUGACCAAGAGUAAAGCUGUGUGAAUAAUGUAAACAAACCGAGCACAUUAUAACGAAUUCAUCAGGUCACUGGUGAAGUAAGCUCUUUUUUUCAAGAUACCUUUAAAGACAUAGGAACGUAGGGAGUUGCGAAAACUCAAAUAGUAGCAAGUGCAGUGUAGUAGCCAUAUAAUUGUCUUGACUUUGCGUAUGUUGCUGCCAUGUUCAUUCCUCAUGCAGUUUUAAGCUUAAUGUGAUGUGGUAUUAAUUGAAACUUUAAGAAAGAGAAAUGACGCAAAAUAUUUUCAUUUAGUUUCCUAUAACAAACUCUUGCACUUUAGUUACAAGAUUACUGAAAACAUUUUUAGACAGAUGCUACGACUUGUUUCUCUAAGUUAGCAUUCUGUCUUGAUAAAAUAAUGUGAAUAUAAAUGUGUAACUGGAUGCCUGUGCCUUUUGACUAUGUUUAGGUUUGUACUUCAUAUCAAAACUUUAGCUGCUUAGAUUUCUGUAGUUCUUUGUGAGCUUCAUGUGGAAGAAAGUUGAAUGCACUUAAAGUUCUCCAAAGAAUUAACAUUCUUCUUUGAAAGGGUAAAACAAACCAUAGCUCUGGUGAGAUAAUACAUUCAGAGUUGCAGUGGAAAGAUAACCAUAAAUACAAAUGAAGCUUGAUUUUUAAACGUUAAGUCUAGUCUAGUCUAGUGUUGUAUUAUUUAUUUUAGCAACAAAACACUGCUGUUGCAAUAUUUUCUAAUCCUGAGUUGUUGUAAGACUGAGAAUUAAUCAAAUCAGUCUUGGUUUUAAGAGGGCAAAAGGAGGGUUAAAAAAAUUAUUUCAAAUGACUUUUCAUAGAUUGUUUUUUUCCCCUGUUAUUGUGAAAUGUGCUUUCUGUAUCUUUUCUUUAGUAAAAGUCACUUUGACUAAUAAUGAA